AACUGUUGUUCAUUCAUGAACUUUCAGUCUGAGCGAAAACAGUUCAUAAUAUUUCUUUUCUGAUGAUAGGGUAAGAUAUUGAGUGAUUAAUAAAAUGAUAAAUAUUAGGAUACCUUAUAAUGAUUCUUGAGGAAUUUGUGACAACGGGGGACCCCCGAUGGGACGGACCUUCCUGCUCGGGUAUUCCGAGUGGGGAGGCUUUACUCACACUUUUUUCAACAGGUGAAGAAUUGGAUGAUAAAGCUAAAUCUGAUUCUAUUAUGUUCCCUGGUAGCGUUUCUCAACCACAAAUUGCCAGCACAUCUUAUCGAGAAGCAUACCCCAGCAAUUCAAGAUCAAUUAGAGCGGAAGAAAGUAAUCUGUGGCUGAGUUCAGAGAAAUCAUUAAAUAUUAUGCCACCUCUUACAAAUUUAAGUACCACUGGUGCAAUACUAUCACAAUACCCAUUGCCCGAGGCUACAACUUCUUUUCAAACUAAUGAAUCAGCCCUUACGCAAUCAGCUUUUUCAUUAGCUCCAGAUCCGAUGUCGCAAGAGUUGCUUUUGCACUUAAAUGCACAUUUCGAUCCCCCAAUGUAUAGCUCAUGUUCCAUAUCUACAACAGAUGCCCUUUUUACCACCUCAUCAGCACAAUCACUCAUAAAUCCUAGUCCAGAUGAAUUGCAUUUUUUAACGAAACAACAAUGGACCCAAAGUGACCUUUGUCCUAGUGUGUCUGAAACGCCAUUUAAAUUAGAUUCUACGGUAUCUGUAAGAGGGUCAGCCACACUUGCGGAAUACAAUCAAUCUACAAGUAAAGGGCAUGAGAUAUUAAAUCAAGCUUACCAGAACAGUCCAGUUCCACUCAAACUUCUUCCAGUAAAGCCACGGAAAUAUCCUAAUCGCCCUAGUAAGACACCAGUUCAUGAAAGGCCAUACGCUUGUCCAAUCAAUCCCUGUGACAGAAGAUUUUCCCGAAGCGAUGAAUUAACGAGGCACAUUCGAAUUCAUACUGGACAAAAACCAUUCCAAUGUCAAGUUUGCAUGCGAUCUUUUAGUCGAUCCGAUCAUUUAACUACACAUAUACGCACACACACUGGAGAAAAACCUUUUUCAUGUGAUAUAUGUGGGAGAAAAUUUGCCAGAAGUGACGAAAAAAAACGUCACGCGAAAGUUCAUUUGAAACAAAAGACAAAAAAAUAUGGACGUUCUGUAAAUGACAACAAUCCUGAUGGAAAUGGAAUGUUGUUAUCAUAAUUAAUAUACCAUGCUUCUCAACAAAAUCAUAGAACUAACCAACCCGAAGGAUUUUUUUUGAAGCAAAUUCUGUGAUAAAAAUAUAUUAAAAAUUGUAUAUUUGCGUAACAAUAUCUCGACACGUCCUUAAAGAUUGAAUCAUAACAUCAGUCUACAUAGUGCAAAUUUGUUGCAAACUUAAACCAUAUUUUUGUUCAAACCAUAGUAUAAUAUGUACGUUGAACGAUAAUACGAGAUAACUUUCUUAUGAUUCAUGGUUGGCAAGUUUCUGACUGUUUCAACCAUAGAUAAAACCGUUACGUCAAAAGCUGUUUCGAAAACUGUUAAAAAUAUAAAAAGUUGCAUUUAUGUAUUGGUAUCACUAUUAUUAUUCUCAUAUAUAAUAGUCAAUGUUAAAUAUUAAAUUACUUCUUUUUUUGCAUAAAUCAACAAAUUUUAAAAAUAAAAUGCCCUAUUAAUACAUAACUAUACUCAAAAUAUAGAUCACUGCAUGCUAGCAAAAGCUAUUAACUCUUUAGUUGUUAAGUUUCUCGAAAAAAGAGAAAACGAAUAUCUAAUAAUUAUUUAUGUUAUAAUUACCUUACAGAAAAAAGGCAAACUUAAAGUUGAAUUACUUAGAAGUGCAAGAACUCUUUUUAUUGUAUUAUAUAAAAACUUUAAUGCCUUUUCUCUUGUGUCCAUUCCGUCUCUAAAUUAAUUCAAUGUUAUAAUUGGAAUUUAAUGCAGAUUUUUGAGAGUUGAAAAAAAAAAUUAUUAUUUUUCCUUCUGAACAAAAUAUAUCAAAUUUAGUAACAUAAAAACUAAAAUAAUAAUUGCACUAUGUAAGAAUUUCAAUAAGUCUAUUUCAAAAUUUGUUCAGAAAAGAUAAUCUCUCAAAUAAAAUAAAAUAGCAACAAAAAUAGAUGAAGUACUAUACUUACUGCCUAUAACUUACAUUUUAUUUUAGCAUAAUCAUUAUUAUUUAAUAUUUAUAUAUUAGCAUAUAUUUAUUUAUUAGUAUUUGAAAUUAUUACUUUCAAUAUAAUAUAAAAACUUGAUUUACGUUCUGGCUAUUAGCACAGAUUUUUGUCGGUUUAUACCAUAUUUUCAUGUGUACUAUGGUUGCAACAAGGUAUUAUGGUUUGCUGUCCAUGAACAAUCAGGGGAUGUAGAAUUUAUACUGAAAAAUAACAAAAAUUCGUUAUUUUAACUGUUGACUAAAAUGUGGUUAUUUAAAUGAUUUUAUUAGAGUGUUUCUACAUGUUGUAAUUGUUUUUGUUAAUUUUCGUAAAUAAUCCUAACUGAUAAUCUAAUGAUUAAUAAAUUACAGUUUUUAUUUAAAUAUAACCAGGGGUAAGUUUAACUUUAGAAAUGUGUUGUACUGUUAUUACUGAAUAACAAAACAGGUCUUAGGUUCCAACAUAACAAGCCAUCGCUUGGAAAUGUCAAGUAAAAUAAGCAUUGUAAAUUUACUAAGUAAAAAAAUCUUUAUAAAUCUUCCCUCUAAAGCAAGUCUUUUUAAAAUUCUUAUCAAAGUAUUCUUUUUUUAAUUUUUAACAAUUAGAAAAAAAUAGCAAUCGCAAAUUAAUGCCUUACUGAGGAAAAACAAAACAAAACAUACAAGAUAAAAAAAUGUGGCGAAUUAUUACGAUUCAUUUGGAAGGAACGGGGGAUCAAAACCUGUUUGGUUUUGAAUCUCGUCAUCCAGAAAUCAAAUUGAAGUGUGUGAAAAAGAGAGUCAUAUAAUAAACUCCCACUAUUGUUCGUUAAAUAACAAACAAUAAUAAUUUUAAUAUAAAACAUACAAAUAUAUACAUUUGCGAACGUUUCUUUUUCCUUAUUUCUUAUAAUGUGAGUCAGCAAAUAUUCAUCUGUAACUAAUUUAAGAUGAUCGAUCCAUAUUGUAACUAUAGUAGCCAUAUUGUAAUUGUAACUACAGUGACUAUAAAGAAACAACUUUAUUGUAAUUGGUUCAGAGUGUUGAACCAAUUACAGUACAGUUGGUUUUUAAAUAGUUGUUUCUUGUCAUAUUAGGCCAUUUCUCAGAUUUUUAUAUUACGUUUGAGAAAAACACCAGAAAUUUUGAUUGAUUCCCUUCUGGGAAGCAAAUUUUUGGACAUAUUUUUUAAUUAUUUUUUGUCAUUUGAAAGUGAGAAUAAUAUGUAAAUAUUAACAUUUUCUGUUUAUUUAACGUUGUUUUUUACAGAGCUUAAUAUUUUUUGUUAAAGCAAUCGCUUUUAUUUACAGUUUAACAGCUUUAUUUGUACAUAGUUAAUGUUUAACCUACCUUUUUUUACAGUGUCAUGAUUUAAACCUUAUAUGUAAAAAUAGUAAAUUACAAUUGUUUGAAUGUAUGUAAACUGAGUGUUAACAAAUUUUAAGCAAGUGCUUGAGUCAAACAAAAGUUUUAAAAUGACAAUAUUUUCGAACACAUUCCAAAGUUAACAAAGAAGCAAAUAUGAAGUGAUGAAAACAAGCAGUAAAAAUUCAAUGUACAUUGUCAUGAUUAGUACAUUGUACAUUGUCAUGAAUGUACAUUGUCAUCUUAAGCUGGUAAACGAUGCGAUAACGAUACUCAUAAGGGCUAAAAUUGAUGUAAAAAUAGCAACCCAAAAAAUCGAAAGUUUUAAUAAAAAUUAUUAUAAUUAUUAUUAUUUUGCUUUUAAAGUGCAAAUUUUUUAUUUUUGCAACUAAUUUAUUCACACUUUAAAUCGUGCAUAUUUCAGUGCACUAUAGUUAAAGUUCUAUUUCUGAAAUAUAAUAGAAUUGCUGGUGUUUUGAGGGUUUUGUUACAUCAAACAGAAUCUACAACUAAUUCAAAAUGAAAACACUACCAAUAAAUUAAAACAUAACUAAACUAAAAAUUUCUCCUUCAAAAUUGAGAAUGCUAUUGUUUAAGUAUUUAAAUGCAAGAUGAAAUUUUUGUUUAAGUUAUAAAAUGCAUAAAAUUAUUUAUUAUGAUUAUUAAUGAAAUAUUAUGAUAAACUUACCUUUAAAACGCUAAAGGUAUUAAAAUAUACGGACCAAAGUUUUUCAGAAAUCUAAAAGCCAAGAGAAUUAAUUAAUUUUCUACUUUUUGAGUAAAUAACAAAACAGCUGUUUAAAUAACUAGGAUUGUUAGUUAAUAUUCUAUAUUUUAGUUAUUUUUUCUGAAAAUCGAUGUAAAUAGCCGUUGGUUAUUUGUUUUAUAAUAAUUCUUUCAUAAGCCUGCAUGCUUUAUGAAAGAUGUCGGAAAGUUUAAAAAAUAAAUGGAAGACAAUUUUUUUUUCUUAUUGCAAAAGUGCGUUUUGAUUUAUGUAAUUUCACUUAAAUAGUUUUAUAACUUUAAAAUAAGAAUUAAAAACUUUGUAAUAAGAAUAAGGAUUAUUUCUUAAAGUUACUAUAUAGCAUAAAUAUUUUUCAAUAAUUAUCAUUAUAGCUUAUUUUCUCUGUCCACAGUAGAAUAUAACUAUAUCAAGUAGAAUAUAACUAUAUCAGUAGAAUAUAACUAUAUAAUCAAAAUAUGUUAGAGACUUGGAAACUCAAAUAUUUCCUUUUUAAUUUAAUAUACAGUUCUCCCACAGAGACACAUAAUUCAUUUUCUCUCGGUAAGGAAUUAUGCUCUUCAAGUUUACGUGAUUUUCCCACUCUCUACACUUUUCUCCUCUUCGUUACCAUGGCAUCCCCAAAUCUUGGUGAUUUUUAAUAUAUUUCCACUUCGAACUGAAACGUUCUGCCGUGGAGAAAUAAAAUGAUUUUCCGUUACCAUCGAAACGGAGAGGGGAAAAGUGUGGAGUGUGGGAAAAUUGUGCAACCUUGAGACACUAUUCUAUUUACAAAGAGUAUAAGACAUGUGUAGUGGCAUGUAGAUGUGGAUUACAAGGGAGAAUUCCUCGAUUAGAUGUUCUUAAAAUGAGGACUGUAAUCACUUGAAGGAUAAAAAAUACCCUAUUUCACUAGAAGAAGAAGACUAUAUAUAAUUCUCAAAAAAUCUUAAUCUAUAUUUUAUGUAAAUGAAAAUUAAUGUAUGGUAAAAAAGAAUAAUGUACGAUAAAGUGUUUGUAUUAUCUUUCGUAUGUAGAAAGAAUAUUGGUAGAAUUUAAGCAUCCUAAUAUCUGAUAAGUAAAUUUGCUUAUAAAUAAUAUCAUAAUGUCCAUAAAAUAUUUUUCUUCCUACAAACCUAUUCAUUUUUAUAAUUAAAUAUUUUAAACUAAACUACUUGUUUUAAAAUAAUAUCAUGUCUAUAAAAUGUUUUUCUUCUCCUAAAUAAAUAUUAGUUGAUUUAAAGUUUUUUAAGUUUAAUAUUAGUUGAGUUAAGAUUUAAAAUCAUCGUUAGAUGGCCACCGAAUGCUUUGGACAGUGUUUAUGAGAAAACGUAAUUUAAGUAUUUGUAUAGAACUGAGAAACUGCAACAUCUAUUAAAUGAUAUUGUUUUAUAUAAUUGUGUAUUGAGACACAAAACUUUUUAAAUAUAUAAAAUUUUAUUCGGAAUAUUUUGAUGAUUAUUUCAUUGAAAUUUUUCUUCAUGCCACAAAUACAAUAUUUAACAUUCAAAUCUCAAGAAUUUAUUCUUGAGAAGUUUUAUUCACAAUUAAAAAAGUAUACAUUUGCACCCACAACAACAAGA